AUGAAGGACUCUUUACUCAUGGCACAAGCCAUCCCAAGGGAUGUUGAAAAAAUGAAGGUAGACCUUGACUCCUUAAAGCUAUGGGUGAAGAAGCUUGAAGAUAUCGUCUUCCAAGCUGAUAUUUUACUCAAUGAGCUUGCUUAUGAAGACGUUCGACUCAAAGUGGAAAUCGGGAAAGAUCUUUUGUACAAAAAAAUUCCUCCGAGAUGUGUUGCUACAACAUUUAGAAUUGGAGUUAUUGGGAGGGACACUGAAGUAUCAAAUAUAGUGGAUAAACUACUUGCUCUUAAGAAUCAAGAAACUCAUGUUGUUUUACCCAUUGUUGGUACGGGUGGAUUAGGAAAAACAAUUCUGGUGAAGGAGGUUUUCCAUCAUGAUAUGAUAAAGGAAGAAUUUCGAUACAACUAUAUGGCAAAGGAAAUCUGGGAUUACCUCAAGGCUGAAUAUGAAGGAGAUGAGAGGAUUUGUGGAAUGAAAGUUCUGAAUUUAAUUAGGGAUUUCAAGUUGCAGAAGAUGAAGGAGUCUGAGUUGGUGAAAGAGUACUUUGAUAGACUUCUCAGCGUUGCCAACAAGGUGAGAUUGCUUGGUUAUGUGUUAGGUGAUUCCAAGAUCGUUGAAAAGUUGCUGGUCACUGUUCUAGAGAAGUUUAAAGCCAUCAUUACUACUCUAGAGAACACCAAAGACCUGUCAAAUAUUUCUCUUACAGAACUCUUGAAUGCUUUACAAGCACAAGAACAAAUGAGGUCUAUGAGGCAAGAAGGGGUCAUCCACCAUGCAAAUGUUGGAGAGGACCUGACGCCAAAUGCUCCAAAUGUAAAUCAACUUGGACGUGAAGCUGUGAUCUACAAAGUCAAAGGUCAGGUGAAAGAAGUAGAUGCACAGGGCAAAGAAUCAAGCGGGAGUUGA